CGCACCAACACCAUCAUGCCGGUACCAAGCAAUCCGCGAGCGUCGCGGAAUAUGGCUGAAAAGCAACGGCGCGAUAAUCUCAACCGGAAUAUUUCGGAGAUGGCGGCCUUGCUACCGAUUGUCGCUGGGAGUUCGAGAAGGAUGGACAAAAUAUCCAUCCUGAGGUUAGCUGCUGUCUUCCUGAGGACGCAGUACACACUCGGACGUGGCUCGACAAACUUCCUUCCUCGGCAAUUCAAUGAGUUUGAUCUGGAACGAUAUUUCGUCGACCAACUGAUUGGCAACGGAGGCUUCUUCCUGGUGGUCACAGCGACAGGGAAGAUCGUUUACGUGAGCCGACAAGUGGAACAGCACCUCGGUCAUGCUCAGAACGAGUUGCUGGGUCAGUCCCUGUACAAUUUCGUCCAUCCUGAGGAUCAUGAGGAGCUCACGCGAAACAUCAGGCCCGACGAUAUGCAGGUGACGACGGCGCCGUCGCCAACGGGCGUCAUCCAGAUGUCCGACUCGGCGAGCGAGAACAGCUCCAGCUCCUCGGAGGACUCGACCAGCCAAAGAUCGGAGAAGGUCAAACUCUUCCGCGAGCAGAGGCGGAACUUCAAGAUCCGCAUGUCGCAGCGCACUGUCUCCAGGCGCGAGAACACGCAAUACGAAUGUCUCGAUAUUUCGGGAAUUCUCCGGCUCGCGGAGGCCUGCCGAAACGCCGAGUCUAAUGGAAACAAGGGGAGACAUCGAGAGAUGACGAGCACCAGCAACGACAUCGUUUUCGCCAGCAUAGCGAGUCUGCCGAAGAAGCGAUCCAUCACCGAAUUGUCGAUAAUCGACGCCAAUAAAGACGAGUAUGUGACGCGGCAUCUGAUCGACGGGCGUAUCAUCUACUGCGAUCACAGGGUAUCCGUCGUUGCCGGAUACUUGUCGGAGGAGGUGUCGGGUCUGAGCGCGUUCGCCUUCAUGCACAAGGAUGACUAUAAAUGGACGAUGAUUGGCCUACAGCAAAUGUACGUCCAAGCCGUGACCUGCGGUACAUCUUGCUACAGAUUACUCGCCAAGACCGGAGAAUUUAUCUAUCUGCGGACGCAUGGUUACUUGGAGUACGACAAGGAUACGCAAACAUUCGAAUCCUUCGUCUGCAUUAACACCUUAAUAUCGGAAGAGGAAGGCAUCGAACUCAUAAAGGAGAUGAAACAAAGGUUCUCCGCGGUUGUAGAAGCGGGGACCAGCAAGUUCAUGAUUCAGGACAGCGACAACUCGCCACUGGAGUUGGACACGAUCUCCUGCAAACCGGCGAAAUGCUUGGAAGAGCCGUCGCGGCUCGAAGACGCCAUCACCCGGCUAGUCAGCGAUCUACCCUCGCCGGCCGUGUCAGAAGAACGCUUUUCGCCUGCACCGAUGCAAAAUACGCAGUUUGUCAAAGCUGCUAUCAUAUCCUCUCGCUUGCCACCCGCCGCCACGCAAGCCAAUAAGAUUGGCAUCAAUAAAAUCGAGCACUAUGUCGCUUUACAAGGCAAAGGCAAGCAAAGCCCGAGUAUAAAGGAAGAAUCCAACGAUGAUCCGCACUCCUGUAGCGGGAAAUAUAUAAAUUCCAGCGACGGGGAACAAAUGUCGGACUCGGAGAGCGCGAAGCCCUCGUCUGGCAAGUCUAUGGCGAUGUAUGAAAGGAUCAACUCCAUAUCUAGCAGUCACACCAACGUACAAAGCGACGAUAUGCUCGUACAGUCGAACAUUCUUCCCACACGCGAGGCCGGUACAAACUCCUCUUGCAACGUAACUCCUCGCAACCACUUGCCGCGUUUGCCUGUGCCUCAGAGUGCGAGCGUUUUGAGCUCGCAGAAGAGGAUCGAGCACCAGCAACAGCCCCCCGUAUGCGACAUCAAGGUCGAACGCGGCGCCGAAGUGUACGAUUAUCUGGAGACCAGGGAGAUGCAGUACUACGACGACGCCGCGAACGACACUUCCGUUGUCUCGCCUACGAACGACUCGCACAAUCGGUGCACGUUAAAGAGGAUAUGCAGUGAAGAGGACCUCGUCACAAUGCGCAACAAAAAGAGGUCCAACGACGCAUACGCGUCAACUAAUGGCAACGACGUGCAACAGAGUACCCCCUAUGUGAAUUGCAGGACAACCUACGUGGCCGAUAAUGGCUAUCCGGCGCUCACGGUUGAGUUCAAUCGCUACAACGAGGUUAACUCGCAGCAGCUGAUGACAACAGAGUCACCUAACUCGAGUCUGCACGAUGUCGGGGUCGAAUAUCAACAAAUGGUGGAUAACCAUCCUGUCGCGCCGCUAAUCAUAACGAAUCCCGAGGAGGAGCAGUUCAAUGAUCUACAGGAUCUGAAUGACGACACACUGCUAAAUCCGGAGCUGGACGCGAAUCCAGAAAUUAUGAUGAAGAUAUUUGACAAUCUUCGGCCUGUGGCGGAUUUUGAAAAAGGUUUCAACAAAAGAAAAGAGCGCCAAACUGUCAAUGACAAGAUAAGACGAACAUAUCGGCAACUAGCAAAUAGCAUGAUGGUGCGUGAAUCCGAACUCAACGUGUUAGCACGCGAUCUGGAAAAUCCGGCGCUUUGCGCCCAAAGAGAGAACUUAUCGCAGUUGCAGAUUGAGCACAACAGGCAGAAGCAAAUGCUCAGAAACUUACAACAGGAGCAUCAUAAUAUGCAGAUGAACCACAAUACUGGGAUGUGAGAAUUAGGGUAGUUACCCAGUCGCUUCAGUAAUCUGAUGCGAAGCCACUUUUGAGAAAUCCAAAGCGAGCUUAAUAGGGUAUUCCCAGGAGUCGCGCUAAUCGAUAAGAAAUGAGCUUUAAAAAAAAUUAUCCUACUCCGAGGGACCGCAUGAGGGACGAGUGCCCUACUCUCGAUGGACUGAAGCAGCAGUCACAGCAUAGGUGCAAUUUUCGUGAUAUCCCUCAGUUCGCGCUGCCGGCAUCGCGUCCUGGGAGACUGCCUCGUUUUCGAAUUGUCGAUAUCGUAAAAGAAAAACUUGGGACGAAUAUGCGGGAGGGGCCGUCGCCAUCGAUGCAGUAAACGAACGGAAAUUUGCAGCAACGCAGUUGCCGCGUGUGAAACCGCUCAGCUUCACAAGAAAAAAGCGCAGGAAGAACAUUGCCUAAGUAAGACACGCUAAUAAUUUAUCUACCUGCAUUUUCCGUCGAUCAGAAGUGAAGAGGAAGAAGCAAAUGACUUGAGACGUUGAGAAAAAUUACUUGCGCAGAGCAACCGAGCGAUUGACAUGUAUAAGUGUUGUUUUUCUUGCGUUCUUAUUUCUUUUCCUUGUUUUUUUUUCUCUCUCUCAACUUCGCACGAGCAAGGACUCUGUUGCACAUUGUCGCGCGAAAGGACGCGCACUUUGCUCGCUAACGUGAUCGUGCAGAUGCUGGCGUUGGUGAACGGUCCGUUAUUACGAAUAAGACUCGUCGCUCGAGCCAAUGUUGUUAAACCGGUCGUGGUUCUCGCACAUGCGCGACGCAGGUGUAGCAACGCGUGUCUUGAUGCAGGUACAAAAGUUUCGGCAGAUAAAUAGGAAGGGCUUAGGGUAAGGGCAUACAAAUCACUUAUCUUUUUAUAAUUAUAUACAUUUGCAUACAUAUAUAUAUGUAUAUAUAUAGGCAUAUAUCUCAUAUUCUUUAUUAAUUUUCCAAGAACUUUUUACAUAAUUUUUUACGGCAGAGUAGCAUCAUUCUUUCUUGCUGAAACUGGACACAUUCUAGGCCGGGAUUACGCGCAUCAGUGAAAAACCCGACUCGCGCCUAACGACAAUGGCUCUAGAUAGGUUCUCCGCGGCGAUCGAAUGUUACACAGUUGGCAGUUUUCAAAUUUUACGAUAGCAAACUCUUGUGUAUAUAGUGUAUCUUCGAUUUUAAUCGUAGCACAACUGUGCGACGCACUUUCCUUACACUGAUUUAACUCGCUCGCCGCAAGCACGGUUGAGCUUAAUCUACCUCUGCGAUUUGGGCAUGUAUCGGAUGGAUACGAAACCAGUCUCUGCGUUCUUCUAUAUUGAUUAUAAUUACCGACUCUUCACGGUGUCGAGAUUUAACAAUACUCAAAGCGCUGUUCAUAAUCGUAAAUUGGCGAUGAGAAAAAAAAGACAAUUGGUAAUGAAUGGCGUAACUUGCCGCAUCUUGGAUAAUUUUUAUUGCGUACUUGCGUGGACAAAGAGACACGAAAAACCUCUAAAUUUUAUUAUAUAGGUGCAGUAGAACCUCUGAGACUACUUUAACUUUGCAACGUACAAAAGAAUAUUAAAUGUAACGAUACAUACACACACACAUAUAUAGGGUAGAUGUACAUAAUAAUAUAUAUUUAACAGAUGUAAAUGAAAAACAGCAUUUUUUACAUGAUUGGUCUAACACCACAUCUUACCGUCUUUUUAUUCAGGUCUAUUUUUACUUUUUAGUGUAUACUUGCGUGGAAGAAGAGACAGGAAAGCUCUAAAUUUUUUAUUGCAUUAUUAUGUAAAUGUGGCAGUGUACCUCAGGAAAUAUUUUAGCUUUGCAACGUACAAAAAGGAACUGAUGUGUAUGCGCGGAGUAUACAAGAAUAAUAUGUUCAAGCAUGAAGCAACAUAUUGCAUGAUCGGUCUAACACAUAUGAACUUAUUAUUUUUAUUUAUUUAUUUGUUUUUAUGUUAAUCAAUUCCCCUACUACGUGGACGAGGAGACACGAAAAACCUCUGAAAUUUCAUUACAUUAUACGGCAGGUUCACUAAGAAUAUUUUAAUUUCGCAACAUAGUAUAAAGAAAUAUUAAAUGUAAUAAUAAUAAUAAUAAUAUAUACAUAUUAUCUAUAUACAUAUAGGGUAAAUGUGUAAGUAAUAUAUAUAUUUAUACAAACAUAAACAGACAACAUGUUACUUGAUUAGUCUUAACACACUCAUGGACUUUAAUGUUUUUAUUUAAACAGAUUUCUCUUACACGAGAACGAAUCGCCUAGCUCAAAUUACAUCAUAUUCAUUACUCGAUUAGUGGAGCAAUUCAUAGAUACGAGGUUUUACUGUAUACGCUUACUAUGUUCCUUCAAAAUAUCUGCUCGUGUAAAUUUUUCUGUCUUACUGGCCUCACUAUCCAUCCAAUAUGAUGUUACUAUACGCGAAUAUACAUAUUAAUAAACGCUAUUUUUACCUCAUCGCUAGCAGUUGACCUCCGCAUUCAUGAGCAUCGGAUAGUGUCAUGGAAGCUAAGCACGGCUGACUUAUUACGUGCCAAUUAUUGACACACAAUAUUGCACGGUCGGUCAACCGUGUCUCCAGCGAUUACUUACGACGCCGCGGGUCAGCAUGGUCGCGUGAACAUAAAUCGUAUCGUGUAUCGUGAGAGAAAGUGUGUUUAAAAGUGUAAGAGAUAUUUAUGUAGGGUGAGUGAACCGGAACUGUGAACAUAUUCAGCACCGGCAUUUGGCAGAUCUACGAGUUUACUUCGUAUUCUACGCGUGUACAGGUAUAAUAUUAACGUAAGGCUGGUCCUGUAAAUAGAAGAAUGUUAAAAUGCGAUAUGUUGUUCGGAUCGACAGUAUCCGGUCAGUCGCUGAUUAUUUUUUUCGAGCAGCAGUUACUCGUCGAGCGUCUACAUCGUAUAUCUGUUAUCUGCAAUCGUGUGUUGUUUCUCAAGUAUUAGGUCGAUCAGAGAGAGAGAGCCAAAGUGGUUUGAGUAUCCCCAGGGAUACGCAUCCGUCAAACUGAUGGCCGCGGGCCAGUCAGAUUUCUGUUGAGAGUGCAAAAACUCUAUAUGGUGGUCCUCCGGGUACCGCUUACUGUUGACAAAAUAUAAGUUGAAAUUGCCGGUUAUCCUUUGAACAGAUUUCUCGUGGCUUGCGUCGCGGCGUUACUGCAAAAGAAAAAAAUCUGUCUGUGUGUGUGUGUCGUUGAUCAAAACGUUCCUAUGUGACUCUUACAGCGAUGAUACACCAAAGUAGAAGAGCAAAUGGAAUUUUGGAUCAACCUAAUACGUCACAUGAGUUUUUCAUGCUCCUGUAUGCUAUUAUCGUGCAUAUAUCUGUGAAAACUUGAAAUUACAUUGUGACUUAUAAAGAAUACGAUGUAAUUAUGUGUAUACACAUAACACACACACACACAUAUACAAUAUAUAUAUAUACGUGCAUACAGAUAAAUGCCAUAUACAAGAAAGCAUAUUAUAUCCAUUGUAAAAAUUGUCGUUGGAUCGUUUUUAAUGUCGUUGACUUUGAUGUCAGGUGAGAAGAGUCAGGAUUGUGGAGCGGUAAUAACUUCUCUCGGUUACGGUCCAGGUAUAUAAAGCGUAAUGUUGAAAUUGCACAAUAAUCCCCUGCUUAAAAAAUAAUCCUAUAAGGAGAUUAAUAGAAAUAUAUACAAAUUUCAUUAAAAUGUUCUGUGAAUAAAUAGUUUUUUUAAUAGUGUUUUUAAUCAUCUUUUUUUUAUAUAUAUAUUCUCCAAACAAUUUUUUAUAGUUCCCUUGUAAUUCUUUUUGUACGAAUUUGUCUAGACUUAUUAUUUCUAUCGGGAAUUUCAAUUUCCCAAAUUUCGCAGCUCGUAUAAAAGACUUAUCAAUUUCUUUCGUAAAAGGGUUACUUUUAACGAUUAAAUAUUUAUCUGAAUGUACACAUGAUGUAAUUUUAUAAUUUUUUACUAAAAACACGAUUCAAUUUUUCUUAUCUAAUUCUAUCAAAUCUUUUAAGCAGGGCGAUGGGGGGAGUGUUCGAGUUUCAUGUCGGUUCUGUGAGAAAGCUUGGCUAUCCUCACGUGGCGAUCACUCGUCAUCGGUAAGAAUUUACACUUUUUACGCGAAGACCCACCGGCAGGAGGAGGUAUCUAGCCGACUUGUAUACGUAAUAAGACUCAUGUUGCAUAACCAGCGCGAUAGCGCGCGGCUGAAGAAGAAGCGGCUAUCGUUUUUGUUGAAUGUCGGCGGCUCGACGUCGCACACUUGAUGUCCAAUUUUUCUCGCGGUCUUAUAGUACAAAGAGCAAGUCUAAACUGUCUGUGUUCGGUGUACCUCAUCCCUCCUCUCUCUCUUUCUCUCGAGCUAUCUCUCCGUUCUGUCGUUGGUCCUUACCGGUGUGUUUCAUGACAUUGGAAACACGGUAACUGUGCCUCAGCUUGGUCGUCGGUAUUGAUGUGCUAAAUAAACGAAAUGUAUGUCACGCGUUUCGAGAAACGUCCAGUCAAAGAGAGAGGUCUACGUCAGAGCGAGAAGAGAAGGAAAGCAGGAGAUGAUUCGAAUAUCGUAGUCAUUAAUUGCCGUGUAAUUGCGCUUACGUGGUUGCGUUUCAAUGUUUCAUUUCCGCAUUAGCGUCGUGUCAUCGACAUACCCUCGAAAUAGACAACCAAGCGUCAGCAACAAAAUUUCCCCGGCACUCUGUGUAUUAGAGUUGUUUAUGGAUUCUUUCUCCAACAACGGAGUAGAGGCACUUUAAAGAUCUUCUCUUGGAGCGGACGUAUUGAGCGUGCGCAGAGAAGUUCAUCAUCCUCGUCUGUGAUCACGAUCACAUAAGUAUUCUGGAGAAUACUCUCGAAGAGAAAGAUAUUGAAGGAAAACAAAGAAGCAAAAAAAAGAGAAAGAAAGAACAAAUCCUCUACUCUGAAUUCUCUCUUAACUUUAAGAUAACUGAGCGACAGCACAACAACGGACGAUUGCCCAACAUUUAUGCGACAUUGAAAGUGAGCGAAUACCAAUGCAACACAGACAGACGGCCCUACAUUACGAUAAGAUAAGGUUUAACUUUAUACCGUUGUAAACACUACUACGUUAUUAUAUUUUAUACUCUGCUAAUUGCACGCGCAUAAGUGGCUUCUCGAUUUCUUUCUACAAGGGACGAAGGCAAUUUGAGCGUGGUUGUGUAUACAUUCUUCUUAUAUGCCUAUACAUACACACACAUAUAUAAUAUAUAUAUAUAUAAAUAUAUACAUAUUAAGUGCAUAGUGGCACGGUGCCGUUUUUGGGAUCUUCGUAAGACCAAAUUGUACAAUUCGAUUGAUUAUUGUGUUUCCUUUUUUAAGAGACGUUUUGAAAACAUAUUCGACGAAGGGCGCUCCGCGUCCCGUCGGCAAUGUUUUUCACACUGUUGUUAUAUAUACAUCGCAUCUGAGAGAGUCAAGUGUGCUUUUCUACCUCCUUAUUUUGUAUUAAUUUAGCGGCGAAGCUCGUAUGAGGACACAUCUCGAGGCAGGGUACGGAACGUAUUUAAUAAUUUGUACUGAACGCGCGCGCGUACAUAUACUGACAAGAGAGAGAGAGCUAAUUGUAAAAUCCUCACAAUGACAUAUAUGGCUCGCUGCAACAUUGUGCGCAUAAUAAUAGAAUUGUUUUAUGUAAAAUAAUCGCACACAGGUGAAAGGGGAUAUUUCAUACUUACCUCCCAUGCGCGCGAAACAAGGUAGAAGGGAAGCUUGCUCUCGCGCGCCACAGGUACUCCCGUCGAUUCGAAUCAUCGAACGAAACGAUCCGUGCACGAGCCGGCCGAUAAUUGUUGUACGAGCGGAAGUGCUUGUAGAAGAUCUUUUCUAACGUAUAAUCUCAGUGUUUCUUCGCUAUCCCCUUAAGAGCUAUGUAAAUGCCGAUAGAGCUGUUAAAGAAACGUCGAAUUUAAUUCGCGUUUCGGCACAUCUUGGCAGAAAUCCACCACCGAGUCGUUGUUGUCGUCGUCGUCGUCGUCGUCGUUGUUUUGCGGUUUUGCUGUCACCGACCGUAGAUUUCAUUUCAUGCGUUUUUUUAAUUUAGCACGAGAGAAUACGCUCGGGACACCGCGUAUUGAUUGUGAUACAUCGCCCCGAGCUUAUGAUGCAUUCGUGAUUGCACGCGAGAUUUGGCGGCUCUUUACAUCGUAGCAAUAUUAUUAAGGCAAUACACAGACCGGUAAAAAAAUUUCGUUGCAUCAACGUGAAAUUUAGUUUCAAUAAAUGAGCCGUUUUAGUUCGAACACAGAAUUUCUGUAGUUCUUAUGACUCAAAUUUGGCUCUAUGAAUCAGGAAUUCCAUUUUUCUGUAAUCGAAACGGAUUGAUUCGUUUAUUACAACUAAACUUUUUUCUUCGUGCAAGUUAAGAAUGUUUGAGGCCCGUAUUAAAUUAUUAUCUGAAACCAGUGUGAGGUAAUAAUUAAUUAAAAUUUUCUUUGAUUAAAAUAAUCGGCAAAUCAGUAAUCAAGAUUAAUCCAUCGUCACAUAUAAAAUCGCACAUAAAUUUAUCAAUUGAUGAAAUUAAUCGAUAUCUCAAUUGAAUUUCAAUGUGAUUGAUUGCACUAAUAAUUAGUUUCAUCAGUCGAUUAAAUUAUUUCUGAUUACAUAUAUAACGAUAAUUUGUGAUUUUGAUUACUAAUUUGCUGAUUAUUUUAAUUAGAAACAAUUUUAAUCGAUUAAUACUCAACACCGCCUGAAACUUGUAUUACAUGCGAUAUUCAGAUUUUUAUUCAGAUUUAUUUCCAAAUUUCUCAAUUGAAUUAUGAUAUUCGUAAUAUUUAUUUAUUUCUGUAAUCGCGAUUUAUUUGCAAAACUUUCGUCUAACUCUGAAUUCGAAUCUGAGUAUCUCACUUGCGACAAGUUUCAAGUAAUGACUAUUAUAUAAACUAGGAUGUCCAAUGAAGGCUCCUUUGAGGUCUCCUUGUUAUCACUACUUCUGUUUCUUGUGAUUUAGAAAAAAAAAUCUUUGAUGAUUUUUAAUUAUUUUUAAAGUAGGACACACUGAAAAAUAAUAGAAAAAAUCGAUGAUAUAAUUAAUUAUGUUAUGAUUUAUCUCACAUACACACAUGAGAGUCAUUUUAACUGUUUAUUUAAUUAUCAGUGCUAUAAGAACAAUAUGCAAACUAUUAUUUGAAGUUUCAAUUUUUCAAUCCCGAUUAAGUUUAUAUUUUAUUUUGUAUCCAUCAAUCUCUAUCUCUUCUUGUACUAAUUAUAGAGGGCCAGUAAGUAGAAAUUUGAUGCAUCUUACUGUAUGAAAUUAUAUGUUUGAAAAAAUUAUAAAAAUUGUUAUAAUUUGUUAAGAUUACAAGAUAAGAUGCCUAUAUUCUGCAAAUUAUGUCCGUGGCGUGUUCAUAAGUCAUCAUUGAUACAUAUAAUGUGAAACAGAGAGUUUUAAAAUAUUAGUGUCGCGCAAAGAGUCAAAAUGAUUCUUUCAGGCAUCCAAAGAGGAUUGUCGUUCCCGGGUAUCCUAGUGUUAAUACGGGCCUUAACAAUCAUCAAGAAUUUUCAGAAGAUGAAGAUGUUGAAAGUCAAAGCAACGCGAAGAUGCACUUAAUGUUUGAUCAGUUAUUACGUCGAUAUUUCUUACGGCGUAACGAUGACGAUACAUACGGAUCGAAAAGACCGACGGCUACGAAAUGUAUAUUUCAGUUUUUCUUUGGAUCUUUUGCACUGGAGGUGGACGAUUCCUGCCACGAAAUUGUAAGAUAGCGAUCAUAAAACUUCGCUUCUCCCACGACGGAGGCACACACCCGUUGCGAAUGAAAUCGUGCAGAGAUUUAUAAAAAUGUUUACGAUCGAGUUGCUUACGACAGUGCGGACGUUUAAUUUAGUGCCUGAAUUCUCGAUAAUUCAGAGAUGCAUGAGAAAAAUCGACGAAGAGCUAAACGUAAAAAGCACGCGAACAGUGUCGCGGAGAAUUAUGACGAAUAUUUCGUUCAGUUCCGAACCCGGUGAGCGGUGCAAAUUUUAACGACUGCAGGAAUAAUAAAUCGUAAAAACGAUAUUCAGCGAGAUAUCGUUGCUGGAACAAACUGGAAUGACCUACGUAUCGUGUAAAAGGUCCGAAUCACUUUCGCUCUUUCCUACUUCUAUUAUGAAAACCAACAAAAAGAUACGUAGGCAAAAAAAAAGGAAAAACGAAAAACAAAAAGCUGAAUUUUUAAUGUAACCGAUAAUGAAAAAUAUAACGUUUGGGGAUCAUGUACACGUAUAAUUAUUGUGUCAAGACUGAAUUAUCAAGAUUUCGUAGAAGAUGGAACAUUUUUGUAAAUAAUACUGCCUGGAAGAAAUAUAUGUAAUAUCGUAUCGUACAUA